AUGAUAAUCGAUUCAGCCCUACAAGGUCAUAACGACGUCGUGUAUGAUGCGAUACAGGCAGAAUACAAAGACAUGGCCAACUGGUAUGACACCUUUUGGCAUAGCUAUACCUCUCAAACUCUCAUUGAGCCAAUACAUCAGGUGAUGGAACUCGGAGUCGGCAAGAAUUCCAAUGUUGUCGUUGAUAUCGCUUGUGGUACGGGAGAAUUUUUUAGGCGAUUGCGAAAUUUGGACGACACCAACGGGUCUAUUUCAGAGAAACCCUUCAAUCGAAAGAAGAAGGCCCCUUGGAUUGGGAUAGAACCAUGUCCGGAAAUGCUGAAAAGGGCCAAGGAGAAGUUCCCCAAAAACGAUCAUGCAAUUGCAAUUGUAUUGCACCAAGCACCAGCCGAAUACCUGCCCAUCAAAGACCAUUCUGCCGACAUUGUCGUCACAACGAAUGCCUUUCAUUUCUUUCGAGACAAACAACGGGCCUUGCAUGAAAUGAGACGCAUCCUCAAAGGGGGUGGAACACUCAUCAUUACGGAUUGGUGCAAUGAUUUUUGGAUCGUCAAACUCUACCAUUGGUUGGAACGAUUGCGCUGGAAUUGGAGAUUUGAACAAAAAUAUCCAGGGCCAUUGAAAAAAUCGGAAUUGUCGGAACUAGUAAAUUCGGAAGGCUUUCAAGAUGUGGAGGUCUCGUCCUAUCGCGUCAGGGUCUUUGGAAUAUUUUUCUGGGGAAUGCAAACGCUCAAGGCUCACCCUAUCAGUGGGUCGAUUUGA